AUGACAUAUGCUGAAGCUGCUCAUUUAAAACUACUGAUUAAUAAUAAGUCACCCUCUAAUAAUAUUCAAAAUAGAUUUACAUCUUUUUUCGAUAUCAGUAAAACUAUUCCUUUAUUAGUUAAAAAAGUUAAAGAACUUGAAAAUAAAUUCAAAUUACUCUUUGAUUUAUUUAAUGAUAUUAAAAAAGAAGUCAUGAUUCAAAAAUAUGAUAAUGUUGAUGAAAUAAUUCCUACUGGACAACAGAAUAUUAAAGAAACAAUAAAUCAAUAG